AUGGGGGACAUUAAAACGGGAGGAAUAAUUGCAGCUGCAAUGAACCGUCUGAAAGUGGUAAAGGGUUUGGAGGAUAUGGAGAUGUCAGAGUGUGAGAGCUGCUCCUUUGAAGUGACUCUCAACUUGGCUUACAUAGAAGCCAUCUGGACCAGGGAUGGGAUGCAGGUUAAGUCGAAGCCAAGUUGUCGCAUCAGCACACACGGGAAGAAACACUCGCUCAUCCUGAACCGGGUGGCGUUGGGAGAUGCUGGUUUAUACUGUUUCCAAGCCAGUGAGGUUCAGACCUCAGGGAGGCUCAUUGUCAGAGCUAGAGACAUACACAUUGUGAAGGAGCUGGAGGAUGUGGAAACGCUUGAGCGUCAACCCGUCAGCUUUUUAUGCGAAGUCGAUCAGGUGGAUGUGGAUGGUCGGUGGUAUCGUGAUGACUGCAGAAUCCGACCUGGAGACAACGUCAAGAUAAGACACCAGGGUAAAAUGCAUGCCUUGCUCUUCAAGUCGGUCAGACCAGAACACGCAGGUGAGAUCAGAUUCACUGCAGAGCGAGUUUCAUCUUACGCCACUCUCACAGUAAAAGAGCUCCCAGUUCAAAUAAUUCGACCUCUUAGGGUCAAAAUCGCCAUGUAUCGCCACAGAGGUUUGCUGGAGUGCCAAGUGUCGAGGCCUAACGCUCAGGUCAGAUGGUACAAGAACGGAAAGGAGCUAGUGUCCAGCAAGAAGCAUCAGCUAAUCAGCCAGGAUGUCUACAGGCAGCUGACCAUCGAAGAUGUUCGCUCCUCAGAUGAAGACACCUACACAUGUGAUGCAGGGGAUGACAAAACAUCAUGUCAGCUUCUAGUAGAAGAGCAGGCCAUCAGCAUAGUACGGGGGAUGAAAUCCAUGGAGGUGAUGGAGCCAAAGCCAGCACUAUUCCAGGUAGAAACCAGUCUAAAGUCUGGGAGGCCCCCGAAGUGGACCCUGAAUGGUGUUGUCCUGGACCACUCUGCAGGAGUGAACAUUGACAGGCAGGGGAAUCUCCACAGUCUCUGUUUCACAAGCACAGACAGCUCCAUGUCAGGGCCUGUGGUUUUUGUGGCUGGGAAGAGCCGUUCCACCGCUCAGCUUACCGUGAAGGAGCGACCUCUUGAGGUUGUUCACCACUUAGAUGAUGUGGAGGCAAAGGAGAGUAGCUCUGUGAAUCUGAGCUGUGAGUUUGCCCCGUCUCCCCGGGUGGUUUGGUGGUUUAAAGGUCGCACUCCUCUGAAGGUCUCAAACAAGUACACCAUGAAGAGAGAGGGGAAGCGAGCAGAGCUGCUCAUUCAUGGCCUGACAGGAAUGGAUGCGGGACUGUACCGUUGCAUGGCUGGAGGUUCACAAAGCACUGCACAGGUCAAGGUUGAAGUGAAAACACUGAAGCUUGUCAAACAUCUUGAGCCUGUCGACACUGAGGAAGAUGGCAUUGCUACUUUUUUAUGUGAGCUCAACUAUGUUGUUGCCAAUGCUGAGUGGCUGCUUAACAACAUCCGCCUCCGUUCUAUCGCCAUCAACCGAAUCCAGCACAUGGGCACAAUGCACAGCCUCAUGAUGCAAAAGCUUAGACCACAGGAGAGCAGGAUCACAUUUAAAGCAGGCCUUCUCACUGAGACAACCAUCUUAAAGGUCAAAGAGCGCCCAGCAGUGUUUCUCAGGUCUUUGGAGGAUGUGGUUGGAGAGGAGCAAGGGGAAGUUUGUCUGCAGUGUGAAAUCUCCAAAGAUUCUGUAACACCUGUUUGGAGGAAGGAUGGUACUGUUCUGACACCUGAUGAUAAACAUGAGUUUGUGCAGUGUGGAAAGUCCAGGGCACUGAUCGUCCACUCACUGAGCAAGGAAGAUGCUGGACAAUACACAUGUGACCUGGGCACCAGCCAGUCCAAGGCUAAAGUUACAGUCCAUGAUCUACAUAUUACCAUUGUCCAGCGGAUAAAGACAGCUUCUGUUCUGGAGGGUGAAAACUGUGCUUUUGAGUGCCAUCUCUCUCAUGGUCUGGAUGAUGAACCCGUUUGGACCAUCAAUGGUCAGGUGGUGGUUUCCAACAGCCGCGUUCAGCUUGUCAACAACAGGCACAUCUAUAAGAUGACAAUUAAAGACGUUGUCCUUGCUGAUGCUGGUGACGUGGUCUUCACAAUUAAAGACCUGAGUUGUAGGACCAUGUUAUUUGUGAAAGAAAAGCCUGUGCACAUCUUCAGGGACCUUCUGAGUGUGAAGGCUGUGCCUGGGGAGGACGCUGAGCUGAGCUGCGAAAUCACCAAACCAGAAGUCACCAUUCGUUGGAUGAAAAAUGGACAUCCCAUUAGGCAGAGCCACAAGUAUGAGAUGAGCAUGGAGAAGAACCUGGCACGCCUGGUGAUCAAGAAUGCCUCAAUCAGAGACUCUGGUGAAUACUGCUGCGAGGCUGAUGGUGUCGCAUCCCGAGCCAAGGUGGAGAUCCGAGCAGCUUCCCUUAAGAGCUCCAAAGCUCCAUACAGCGAGCCAAUACACAGCCCCAUUCCAAGCCCCCUCGCCGCCUCUCGUCUCCCACCACACAGCAAGGCAACAACCUCAGCUUCCCGGUGUCCGACCUCAAUGGUGUUCGACCUCUUAAAGGAAGAACUUCUGCACACUUUUGCAAGAGAGCUAAGAGACACCCAAGGAGAAGAAAACGGUAAAGUGACACUGGAGUGUGAGACCAGGCGGCCCGCCAAGCACGUAACAUGGCUAAAGGGCAUGGUGGAGCUUAGAUCCGGGAAGAAGUAUGUCAUCAAGCAGAAGGGAGUGGUUCUAUCCCUAACCAUCACCUGUCUGGAGACAACAGACAUGGAUAUUUAUGUGUGUGAUGUUGGUACCAUGCAGAGCCGGGCAUAUGUGACUGUGCAGGGUCAGAAAGUGACAAUCUUGGAUGAAUUAGAGGAUGUGGAGUGUCUUGAAGGUGACACAGUAACAUUCAGGUGUCGAAUGUGUCCCGAUGAUUACUUGGGGGUCAAGUGGUAUCUGGAUGAGACUCUGCUUUAUACCAACGAGCUUAAUGAGAUCCAGAUGGUACCAGGAGGCUCCCACACCCUCACAUUUAGACAGCUUGCCCGUAAAGACACUGGCACUAUUUCGUUUGUAGCAGGGGACAAAAGAUCCUAUGCCUCACUGCUAGUUAGAGAAAGGCGUCCCACCAUCAUCAAAGCACUGGAGGAUUGUGAGGCUUUUGAGGGAGGUGGCUUAGUUUUGUCUUGUGCGACUUCCAAACCAUGUCACAUCUUGUGGUACAAAGAUGGCUGCCUGAUGUGGCACUCCUCCAGAUACUUCACCAGUCAUUCUGGCUGUGAAGCACGUCUGACUAUUCGAGAGGUCAGCAACAGCGAUGCUGGACUGUACGAGUGCAGCGCUGGAUCUGUUACAACCAUGGCUGUUGUCACUGUUAAAGCCAUACCAGCAGAGUUCACCAAGCCUCUGACUGCUGUGGAGGCCAAAGAAGGAGAAGUUGUUACUUUAACCUGUGAAUACUCUUUACCUGGAGUCCAGUUUCAUUGGAGGAAAGGUUUUGAGAAUAUUAGGUCUGGGGAUAAGUAUGUCAUGAAACAGAAGAAGACCAUCGUCUCUCUUACCAUCAAAGCACUUGUGCCUGAGGACACAGGAGAGUACACGUGCCUGUGCAGACAACACCAGACGACAGCCAGUCUCAAUGUGCAUGCAAUUCCCAUUACAUUCAUUCAGCAACUGAAGAACCUGCAAGCUGAGGAGGGCAGCAGUGUGAUAUUGCGCUGUGAAAUUUCUAAACCUGGAAUACCAGUAGAGUGGAGGAAGGAGCACGAGCUGCUGAGGAACGGCAUCAAAUUCCAGAUGAGGAGAAGGGAGAACACCAUGGAGCUCCUGAUAUGGAAACCUGCACCUGAGGACAGUGGGGUCUACAGCUGUGUGUGCGCUGAUCAGAUAACAUCUGCCACGGUCAAGAUCACCGCUCUGCCAGUCACCUUCAAGCAGAAGCUGAGGAAUGUGUUGAUUGAGGAGGGCAACACCGCUACAUUUCGCUGCGAACUCUCCAAGCCUGGUCAAACUGUAGGGUGGAGAAGAAGUCGCCACGGGGACAUCAGAAACGGAGAAAAGUUUCAUGUCCGUCAGAGAGACACACUAAUUGAACUCAGGGUCAUUGAUGUGACCCCUGAAGACAGUGAUAUCUACAUUUGCAUGUGUGGAGACAUUGAGACAACAGCCACUCUGACUGUGAAUGCCAUUCCUGUAACCUUCAAGCAAAAGCUGAAGAACCAGCAAGUGGAGGAAGGACACAACAUCACACUGCAUUGUGAGAUUUCCAAAGCUGGUGUCCCAGUAGAGUGGAGGCUUGGAGGAGAGCUGUUGGAGAAUGGAGACAAGUACCAGAUAAAGCAGAGGGACUCCAUCCUGGAACUGACCAUCAGAGAUGCUGAGCCAGAAGACAGCGGUGUCUACAUCUGUGUGUGCAGAGGGCAGAAGACUAAGGCCACUGUAAAAGUUAUCGCCGUCCCUGCCACAUUUAAAUUGAGUUUGAAGAGCCAGGAAGUGGAAGAGGGGAAUAGUGUGACCUUACAUUGUGAGCUGUCAAAGAAAGGAGUCCCGCUUCAGUGGCUGAAGGACGGUCAGGUGCUGUCUGAAGAGUUAAGCUGUGACAAAUACCAGAUAAAGGUAGAAGGAAAGAAAGUUUUGAUGACUAUUUUCAACGUGCAACCAGAUGACACUGGGAAGUACAGUUGCAUCACUGGAGAAGAGAAAACCACAGCGGAAGUCAGAGUCAAACCACUUCCUGUCACAUUCAAACGAGAGCUCCAGCGCCUGAUAGUCAAAGAAGGAGACUGUGGAGUUUUCUGCUGCGAGCUCUCCAAACCUGAAGCUCCUCUAGAGUGGAGGAAAGGCAGAGUUGUCCUGAAGUCUGGAGAGAAAUAUGAAAUGAAACAGGAGGGCUGUCUAACUAAACUGAUCAUCAACAACGUGGAUGAGAGCGAUGCUGGAAAAUACACCUGCAAGACUAAACACAGCCAAUCUACUGCUGAGCUCACAGUCCGAGAUCUCCCUCCAAGUUUCAAGUUGCCGUUAGUUAACCAGGAGGUCACUGAGGGCAACGCUGUGGCUCUGCUCUGUGAACUCAACAAGCCCGCUCCUUCAGUGCAGUGGAGGAAAGGAGGAGAGCUGCUCAAGAAUGGAGACAAGUAUCAGAUGAGGAAGAAAGAUCUGCAGGUGGAAAUGAAGAUCAGUGACGUCACUGUGGAGGACUCUGGAGAUUACACUUGUAUAUGUGGGAAAGAGAGAACAACAGCUCAGAUCACAGUGAAUGAGAGACCCAUUAAAUUCAUCCAGGAUCUGAAGAAUAUUCAAGUACAGGAGGGUAAUGGAGUGGCACUCUGUUGUGAGCUCUCCAAACCAGGCUUCCUGGUACAAUGGAAGAAGGAGGACAUUGAGCUGAACAGUGGGGAGAAAUACCAGAUCAGGCAAAGUGGCUCCAGGCUAGAACUUCUCAUUAGGAAAAGCCUCCCCGAGGACAGCGGUUCUUACAGUUGUAUUUGUGAUGACGUUAAAACUACAGCAAGUGUUGCAAUUACUGCAAUUCCAGUAACUUUCAAGCAGAAACUUAAGAACCAGGAGGCAGUGGAGGAUGGUUGCUUGGCAUUACGCUGUGAGCUUUCCAAACCUGGAAAGGCAGUAGAGUGGAGGAAAGAUGCUCAACUACUGAAGGAUGGAGAAAAAUACCAGAUAAAGCAAGAGGGCCGAGUGGCUGAGAUGCUGAUUAGAAAUGUUACUCUUGCAGAUGCAGGAGAAUACAGCUGUUCUGCUGGGAGUGCUGUGACUUCAGCUGACAUCAAAGUUAGAGCUCUUCCUGUAACAUUCAAGAAAGAAGUUGAGAAUUUGGAGGUAAAGGAAGGAGACAGUGCUGCUUUCUGUUGUGAGCUCUCCAAACCUGGAGCUCCUGUCGACUGGAGAAAAGGCAGAGUCAUCCUGAAAGCCGGUUACAAAUAUGAGAUGAAACAAGACAGAGGGCUCACCAAACUGAUCAUCAACAACGUGGAUGAGAGCGAUGCUGGCAAAUACACCUGCAAAACAGAGGACAGUCAAUCGACUGCUGAACUCACAGUCAGAGCUCCGCCUGUCACAUUCAAAACAAAGCUAAGGAACCAGCAGCUGGAGGAAGAAAACAGCCUGACGCUGAACUGCGAGGUGUCAAAGCCUGGCCUCUCUGUGGACUGGAUGAAAGGGAAAGAGCUGCUGAAGAGUGAUUUCAAGUACCAGAUAAAAAAUCGUAACAGCAUCAUGGAGCUGACCAUUAAAAACGCCCAACUGGAGGACAGUGGACUCUACAGUUGUAUCUGUGGAGACGUCAAGACCACAGCACAUGUCACAAUUACUCCCAUCCCUCUAACAUUUAAAAUGGGCCUGAAGAACCAGGAGGCCCCUGAGGGAGGGAAUGUGUGUCUGCGCUGUGAGCUGUCCCGGGCCGGAGUCCCCGUGCAGUGGUGGAAAGGGGAGGACCAGCUCUGCCACAGAGGGAGAUUCCAAAUGACACAGAAAGGGAAGAUAGCAGAGAUGACCAUCAAAAACAUACAACCAGAGGAUGUUGGAGAAUACAGCUGCGUCUUCGGGGGUCAGAAGACAACAGCUGAAGUGAAUGUGAGAGCUGCAGCAUCUGUAUACUUUGAGAAGGAACUAGAGAGCCAAGUGGUUACGGAGGGGAAGUCUGUGCUGAUGUCCUGCGAGGUUUCUAGUGCUAAUGUUCCUGUCACUUGGAAGAAAGACAGCAACGUGGUAGAAGACGGAGCGCAUUACGUAGUGAAGAAAAAAGGCCCCUUGCACACUCUGGAGAUUAAGAAAUUGCAACUGGCGGAUGCUGGAGAGUACUGCUGCAUCACCAGAGGCAAGAAGACCACUGCCAAACUGAUUGUCAGGGAGCGUGUCAGGAUUGUUAAAGAGCUGCAGGACCUAACUGUGACAGCGGGAGAGGACGCUGUGUUUGUGUGCGAGCUGAGCCAUGCAGAAGUGAGUGAGGGGGUCUGGUGGCUUGGUUCGAGCCCCCUGCAGAAGAAUGAGAUGAACCAGAUGACUUCCCAGGGUCGCCAGCACCGCCUGGUCCUCACCAUGACCACACCGGAGGAGACGGGAAAUGUAGCAUUUGUGGUUGGGGAACAGAGGACCUCUGCACAACUGCUUGUUGUCCCUAAGCCCAAAGUUUUAUUUGAGGAGAAACCCAAAGACACGGUGGUCAUAGAAGGAGAGACGGCUAUCUUGUCCUGUGCUACAUCUGACUGCACCACCUUGGUCACCUGGAAGCGCAACCACAUCCCACUUCGACGUGGAGAUAAAUAUGAGAUGCGUAAGGAGGGUAAAGUCAACCUGCUGCUUAUCCAUGAUGUGGAGCCCCAGGAUACUGGCAUGUACUCCUGUGAUACAGGAGAUGUGCAGUGCAGUGCCAAACUUACUGUAACAGAACUUCCUCCAUUCUUUCAAGAAGAGCUGCAAAGUGUGGAAGCUGAAGAAGGAGACUCGGCCUGCCUCUACUGUGAGCUGUCUAAACUAGGAGUGCCGAUUCAGUGGAAAAAGGACAGGCUGCUUAUAAGAGCCAGCAGAAAGUAUGAGAUGAGACAGGAUGGCUGCUUUCUCCAGCUUUACAUCAAGGAGCUCAAGCUUGAGGACAGCGGCAGCUACUCAUGUCAAGCUGGACCUGCAGAGACAACAGCAACAGUAUCUGUAAAAGAACAACCAGUUUUCUUCUUGAAAGAAUUGCAAAAUAUGGACAGUGAGGAAGGAGGUACCAUCUCUCUGUGCUGUGAACUUUCCAAACCUAAUGUUCCUGUGCAUUGGAAGAAAAACAAACUGCCGAUGAGAGCCAGCAGGAAGUAUGAAUUCAGGCAAGAAGGCUCCAUCGUUCAGCUUCAUAUCAAAGAUCUGAAACCUGAGGACACCGGCAGCUACUCAUGUCAAGCAGGGAGUGCACAGACAACUGCAACCGUGUCUGUAAGAGAGACACCCCCAUUCUUCAAGAAAGAAUUAAGAAGUUUGGAGGCUGAGGAAGGAGGUGCAGCCUUCCUGGAGUGUGAGCUAUCUAAACCAGGGGUACCUGGACAGUGGAAGAAGAAUGGACUGCCUCUUAGAGCCGGCAGGAAGUAUGAGAUGAAACAAGAUGGCUGCCUACUCCAGCUCCACAUCAGUGAGCUCAAACCUGAAGACAGUGGCAGCUACACAUGUCAGGCAGGAAGCACAGAGACAACUGCUAAUGUGACAGUCAAAGCUUUUUUCAAGAAAGAUCUGCAGAACAUAAAGGUGGAUGAAGGAGAUACUGCUUCACUUUUCUGUGAGGUUUCUAAAUCUGGAGUGUCUGUUCAGUGGAAGAAGAACAAGGUGCUUCUGAGAGCCAAUAGGAAGUAUGAGAUGAAGCAGCAGGACUACCUCCUACAGCUUAACAUCAAGGAGGUCAAACCAGAGGACAGUGGUUGCUACACUUGCCAAGUCAGAGGAGCAGAGACCAGCGCCACGGUCUCUGUCAAAGAGCUCCCGCUGUUCUUCAAGGAGAAUUUGAAAAAUGUGACCAUUGAGGAGGGAGGUACAGUCUCCCUGUGCUGUGAGGUAUCUAAGUCUGUGCUAGUAGUACAUUGGAAGAAGAACAGGCUGCCACUGAGAGCAAACAGGAAGUAUGAGAUGAAGCAUGAUGGCUGUUUCCUCCAGCUUUGCAUCAAGGAUCUCACACCUGAAGACAGCGGCAGCUACUCAUGUGAAGUUGGAGCUACAGGGACCACUGCAACUGUGACGGUGAAAGAGCUUCCUCCAUUCUUCAAGAAACAUCUUGUAAAUGUGGAGGUGGAGGAAGGUGGAGCAGCGUCUUUGUGCUGCGAAGUGUCCAAACCUGGAGCCUCUGGCCAGUGGAAGAAAAACAAGAUGCUACUAAGAGCCAGCAAGAAGUAUGAGAUGAAGCAGGAAAGCUGCCUCAUUCAGCUUCACAUUAAUGAUGUCAAACCUGAAGACAGCGGCAGCUACUCAUGUCAAGCUGGACCUGCAGAGACAACUGCAACAGUAUCUGUGAAAGAACUUCCAUUAUUCUUCAUGAAAGAGUUGCAAAAUAUGAACGCUGAGGUGGGAGGGAUGAUCUCCAUGCGCUGUGAACUUUCCAAAUCUGGGGUUUCAGUGCUGUGGAAGAAAAACAAACUGCCGCUGAGAGCCAGCAGGAAACAUGAGAUGAAACAAGAUGGUGGCCUCUAUCAGCUUAACAUCAAAGACCUCCAACCUGAGGACAGUGGCAGCUAUACAUGUCACGCAGGAAGUGCAGAAAGUACUGCAAAUGUGGCAGUUCAAGAGCUUGCUACAUUAUUCAUCAAAGAAUUAAAAAGUGUAGAGGCUGAGGUUGGUAGAGCAGCCUCUAUGUCCUGUGAAUUAUCCAAACCUGGGGUUUCUGUACAAUGGAGGAAGGAUAAUCUGCCUCUGAGAGCCAGCGAGAAGUACGAGAUGAAACAGGACAGCCAUUUCCUGCAGCUUAACAUCAAGGAGCUUAAUUCAGAGGAUAGUGGUAGCUACUCUUGUCAUGUUGGAAAUGCAGAAACAUCUGCAACAGUACGAAUCAAAGCACCAGAACUAGUUCCACCAGAGGCAAAAUCUAGAACAGCACUGGAGCAGGUGAAAAGUGCUGUCUCUACACCAGCUCCUGCUUCAGAGAAUGAAAGGCCUGAUCUUCUUCCACAGGCCAACUCGGUUCCCCCAGAGCCCAAAAAGAGGACUCACAGGAAAGCAUCUAUUACUACUUUACAAAAAAGCACAGAGCGAGUUUUCGACCUGAAGGUGUCUGUGCAGAAUGACAAUAAUGAAGUCCAAAGGGCCGUCCAAGAUGCAGGGGCUACAAAAACACCCUUUGAUGUUACACAGAAUGGAACAAAAGUGGAGAUUAGUGAAGAGAAAGAGAUUAAGCUAGCUGAACCAUCAGAGGAUCAUAAGUUUGGCAGGAGGGUUGAAGAGCCAGCUUCACCUUUGGGUACAGAAAAUGAUUUAUUGGAGAAGAGACAACUGGAAUGGAAUGAAAGAAAUUUUGUGAAAGACGGCCUUGAAGUAAAUCAUCCAGAAAGGCUUGUGGACAGCAAAGGGGUUGAACUGAAAGAGACAGAAAAGGGAUGUGAAAUUGAAACUAGAUUAAGACAACAAGUAAAAUCAUCAGAAGAAACAAAUGAAGUUAAUGAGAAGAUAACUCAAAAUGCAACAACAAUUUGGAGAAUCAGUGAGGAUGAAAAACAUGUACAAGAGAAGCUUAAUGGGAAAGAAAUAACCAACACAGAUGCUAAACCUUCAGGAAACAAAAGCGAAGUAGGAGAAACAGAAGAGGAGCCUUUGAAGCCACCAGUGAGAUCUAAGCCAAAGGUAGCAUAUGGAGAGCAACCAGUCAAGUCUGUUUCAAAACAAACACAGGAUGCAAUUCCUCAACUAAUCAAGACUUUUCCAAAAGAUUUUGAAGACCAUCAAGAGAGAAAAAAUGGGCAAGUGGAGAAGGUAUUCACCCAAAAACCCAGAGCAAAUCAGCUUGAGAAGCAAUCAAUAGGAGAGCCAGAAACAGAAGAUGAAAAAAUCCCUCAUUUUGCCUCCCCAAAACCACCUGGAAGGAGAAAGAGCAAAGUAAAAAUAGGAAUAGAAAAACAAAUUUCAAGGGACACAGAGACAGAUCAAGAUGAUGUACAGCCAAAAACGCCAUUGAAGAAAGACGGUGAAGAGAUUUCAAGACUGGAAAGAAACAAGUCCAUCACAACAGAUAGUGAAACAGAAGAUAAACUUAAGCAACCAGUAAAACAACGAGUAAAAGCAAUUAAGAAAGAACCUGGACUAGAUAAGGAAAUUAAACUGGCUGUUGAGCCAAUGAGAAGAGUGGAGAAAACACAACCAAUACAGAUGGGUGAAGACAUUCCUCUGCUUUACAUUUCCGAAGAAGAAACUUUUUCAGAGGCCUUAACUGAGCCUCCUCCUAACCACCUCCAACCUGCUGUUACUGUGGGAAACACAGGACAGCUGCUUAUCCAGGAGACACAACCACCAGCACCUUGUCCCCUGCAGACUGACAUCAACAUAGAGGAUGAAUCCCAAAUGAAAGAGGCAGUCGUUAAGAUCCAGGCUGCAUUCAAAGGCUACAAAGCUCGCAAAGAGAUGCGACCGAUCUUCAAAGAGGUGUUCAAGAACCAGAAUGCAGAUCUUCAGGGUACACUUAUGUUGAAAUGUGUUGUGGAUGGAAGACCCAGCACUGUGCGCUGGCUGAAAAAUGGCCAACAACUUAUAAAUGAUCCUCGAUGCAGGAUUGAAACUGCAGAAAAUGGAGAAUGCAGACUUGUGGUUAAAUACUUGCACAACAGCGACAGUGGAAUUUAUACUUGUGAAGCGGUGAAUAGGUUUGGUGUGACCUCUUACAAUGGAAACAUAACUGUAGUGAAACCUGUUCUUGCAGCCCAGAAGCCUAUACACCCACCACUUGCAGCCAUAACUCCUUUGCAGCUUGCUCCACAAAAGCCUGAAGCCCAGGACAUGACACAGACUCAAAAUCUAAUUCAGUGUCAAGCACAGCCAGCUCCAUGUACAGAUGAUAAAAAUUAUGUAGAAAGUGUGAGUGUUUCUCUAUGGGAUGCCUACAUCCUGACAGAACAGGACAAUCAGACAUGCCUGCAAGAGAGAAGAAGGUCUUCACUCCUUGCUGUUAGCUCCUUGUCAAGUCCUUCAGAGUAUGACACAGCCCCAGAUGUGAUGGAACCUGUUGAGACUGUUCCAGUAACGUCAAGGGAAGUAUCAAAACCAGCUGACACGAUACAAUCGAAGGAUAACAACGAAGAAACAGCUGCUCUGAAAGCUCCUAAGAAACUGUUGGAUGUUAAAGGACCUCAUGAGAUUAAACUAAGAACACCAUCUCCAAAGCACCAUCGAUCCCACACACCUUUAACUAGUAAUGUGUCUGGAUCUGAGUCAGAGGGCGAAGAGGACAGACGAGAGACAUGUGAAAUAUACGUAGCUCGAGCUGACUGCAGUCCUAAUAUUGGAAGUAAGGACAGUUUUAUCCUUAAAGAGGGUCAGUUUGUGGAGGUCCUGGACUCUGUUCAUCCUGACAGAUGGUUGGUGAGGACCAAACCAACCAAAACCAACCCCUCUCGACAGGGAUGGCUGUGUCCUGCCUAUCUGGAAAAGAAGAGAAACGAAAUCUUCCCACAAAGGAGAGUUGCUCAAGAGGAUCUCGAUGGAAUUGGGUCUACAGGGGAAGAGUACAGGAGAGUGCUGAGUCAGCUGAUCCAAGGCUUGAUUGAUGGAGAAGAGGAGUUUGUAAAGGCAAUGAAGAUGUUCAUCUCUGACCAGCUUAAUCGUCUGGAUUGUAGCCACCACAUCCCCAUUAACAUCCUCAACCAGAAAGAGAUCAUCUUCAGGAACAUCAAAGAUAUUGUUGGUUUACAUGAACGUUCCAUCCUUCCUGGUCUAAGAGAGUGCGCCACAGAUGAUGAUGUUGCCAUGUAUCUAAUCAAGCAUGCUGAACAUUUUGAGAAGUAUCUUCACUACAUGGUGGGGCAAUCGCAAGCGGAGGCCUGCAUCAGUGAGAAGGCUGUUCAGCAAUACUUCAAAGAGGUAACAGCACCUGAGAAGCCUGGCGACGCCCCAGUCAUAGAUGUCCUUACUUUCCUGCAGCAACCAGUAGAGAGGAUUCAAACUUACCAGGCUUUACUGAAGGAGCUGAUCAAGAACAAAGCUAAAAGUGGCCAGAGUUGCUACCUGUUGGAGGACGCCUUCUCUGUAGUGUCCUGCUUGCCCUGGAGGUCAGACAACCUGCAUCGUGUGUCCCUGAUUGAAAACUAUCCAGCUCCUCUUACUGCCUUGGGUGAGCCUGUGCGACAGGGAGUCUUUACGGUGUGGGAAUCUCCAGAAAUGAAAACAACCUCUAGAGGGCAUCAGAGACAAGUGUUUCUCUUUAAGGAAUGUAUUGUAUUGUGCAAGGUGAAGAAAGACACCAGCAUGAAUCGUGACACAUACAGCUUUAAGAACAAAAUGAAGCUGAAUGAUGUGGAAAUAAAGGAAGCUGUAGGUGGAGAGGACAGGUCCUGGGGCUUGUGGCAUGAGCACAGAGGCUCUAUACGCCGUUACACUUUACAGAGCAACUCCACACUGGUUAAACUGUCCUGGCUGAAAGACCUGAAGGAGCUGCAGCACCGCUCCAGCCUCAGCAAUAACUGCCCCCCAGUGUUUGAGUCACUGCUUUGUGACUGCUCAGCACAAAUUGGACAGACAAUCAAACUGACCUGCAGAGUGUCAGGAUUUCCAAAACCGGUAGUCAGCUGGAUCAAAGAUGGUCUUUCUUUGGAGGAUGACCCACGUCACAUUAUUGCAGCUGAUCGGACAGGAACAUGCAGUCUUGUCUUGGACUGCCUCACUGCAGAGGACUCUGGUCAGUACGUGUGCUAUGCGACCAACUCCAUAGGCAGUGCCGGCACUCUGGCUAAGGUGGUGGUACAAGCUCCGCCCAGAUUCGUGAGCAGGCUAGAAAGUGUUUGCCUGAUUGAAGGCGAGGAGAUCCAGUUUUUAUGUUCCACUCUCACCACCCCUUUACCAAGAAUCAGGUGGUUUAAAGAUGGCCGAGAGCUGACUGACAGCAAUACAUAUUCCAUUGUGAAUGAUGCCCGGAGUGGAAUCUUGUCUCUCACAGUUAUCAGGGCAACAGAGGCAGAUAUUGGACAGUAUGAGUGUGAGCUCUGGAAUGAACUUGGCUGUAUCAAGUGCAAAGCAGGUCUUUGUCCUGCCUUUGUACCACCGGUUGACAUUGAGAGUGACCAACCACAGGACUUACCUGCUAAAGAAGCUGACUCGGAGGCCUGGUCCACUGCCUUUGUUAAGAAAUGGCUGCAGACAGAUUUCAGCCUCACUUCCAUUGCCAAGAUACCAUUUCCCCCUGGAUCCUCUGAGCAAUGUAGUACUGUCAUAGAUGUUCACCCUUCUGCACUGGAUCAAGGAAUACAGCAGCCUUCGUGUUAUCUGGAGGAAGAAGAGGAGAUCUACAUUUCUGAGCCCUUGCAUGAAAUCACAGAUGCCCCUCCUUCCAUCCAGGUGCCUGCUGAGGAUCUGUGUGUAGAGCCAGGCCAACCAGCAACAUUCACAGCCAUCAUCACAGGAAGGCCCACUCCUAAGAUACAAUGGUACAAGGAUAGGGACAACCUUGCAGUCAACGAAAAUGUCAAGAUAGUCCAACAUGGUGCUCGCUGCUGCCUCACCAUACUGUGCCCUGAAGGAGAGGACAGUGGCAUAUACACCUGCUUCGCUCACAAUGACUCCGGCCAUGCCUCCUGUGAAGCUCAGUUAACAGUCGAGGAAGGUCUGCUUGAUUCUCAGGAGAGAGAGCUGGAGCUGGGGAAGAGAAGAAAGUUAUUCUCAGUCUAUGAUGUCCAUGAGGAAAUCGGAAGGGGGACAUUUGGGGUGGUGAAGCGUGUCAUUCACAGAAGAACAGGCGAAGUGUUUGGCGCCAAGUUUCUGCCUCUGCGGACUAGCUCUCGGACCAGGGCCUUCCAGGAGAGAGAUCUUCUUUCUCGUCUCGCUCACCCCAGAGUGGCCUGUCUGCUGGACUUCUUUUGCACCCGGCGCACCCUGGUGUUAAUCACAGAAAUCUGCUGUUCUCAUGGACUUCUGGACCAUUUGUUAAUGAGAGGAUGUGUCUCAGAAAAUGAAGUUCAGUCAUAUGUCCAACAAAUUCUGGAAGGGGUUGGUCAUAUUCACAGUAUGAACAUCAUGCAUCUGGAUAUCAAACCUGAAAAUAUUUUGAUGGUGUAUCCGCCAAGAGAUGAGAUCAAGAUUUGUGAUUUUGGCUUCUGCCAGGAAGUAGACACAUCCCGACAUCAGUACAGUAUGUUUGGUACACCGGAGUUUGUUGCACCUGAGAUUGUACACCAGGAACCCGUCACUGUGGCCACUGAUAUUUGGGCUGUCGGCGUCAUAGCAUUUCUGUGCCUGGUUUGCCGGUGCCCUUUUGUGGGCGAGACUGACCGUGCAACGUUGCUGAGGGUGGGAGAGGCCACUUUAAACUGGGACGCCCCGGAUGUCGUAUGCAGGAGCCCCGAAGCCAGGAAUUUUCUCCAUAUGGUCCUUCAGCCAGAUCCAGAGACUCGACCAUCUGCCUUUGAGUGCUUGAGUCACGAGUGGCUUCAGGAUGGAAAUGCCGGGGAGGACACUGAUGAAAUCAACACAAAGAGCUUGAAAGUCUUCAUUUCUAAAAGGAAGUGGCAGCGUUCUUUAACAUCCGUCGGGUCGGUGCUCACACUGAGGCACAUUCCCGAGCUGCUAGAUGCUACACUCAGAGAGACUUCAGUUGCGGUGCCCCGUGAGCCCCAGGAGCACAGCAGCACCUCCCUAAGCAGCGGCUCCUCGUCUGAAUAUGACGAGGCCGACUCCUGGGACUUUUUCCAACACUGCAGCCAGACUGAAGAGGAGGAGGAAACAGAGGAAGAAUAUGAUCCUGUAAUGGGGAGAGCACAAAUUCCUGAGCCUUUUGCCAAAUGUCACCUAGGUGCAGAGGAGGACGAGGAAGGAACUUUAGGGGAGGAUGAGGAUGGAGAGAUGGCAGAAAGGAGGAGUGCUAUAGAGCGCAGCAUGAGCAGGGCAUCGAUUGCAUCUUCAACAACAACAGACCACCAGACUCCUCAGAGGGAACGACGCUUCAGCAAGGAUAGCAGCCGAUCUUUGUAUCUCUCUGACGGGGACGAUGGAUCAGGGAGCGAUGGAGGUCGCAUUCCCAGAGGAAGUGUCAUCCGAAGCACUUUCUACAACACCUCUCAACAGCUUUCCCCUCUGUCUGCCAGACACAUGACUUUAAGGGACAAAUUCCAGGCAAAAAAGCAGGAGAGAGGCCGUAAGCCUCUCAAGAGGAGCUUCUCAGGACGUCUCAACGAGCCUCUGAUUGAAUACGUGGAGGAUGAACUCGAGAGCAACCGUGGGCAGAGGCGAGGAUCCAUCCAGCCCACCAUGCAGAAGUCCUCCUCGUUUGACAGUGGAGUGGGCUUUGCCCACACCAACCUACCCCCACACAGACGGAGCAGGUCUCUUGAUGAGUAUUCCCGUCGAUCUCCCAGCUCAGCCAGCCGUGAAAGGACACAUGAAGUAGAGGCCUCUCAGAGCAAUAGGGAAGAGUUCACAGAUGAAGAAGGAGCUGGGAGACAUUUGCUAAUUGUCCAGAAAGCUCAGGCAGUCUCAGAUAGAAGAGGUUCAGUUGUUCCGACACAAGGGACAUUUAGUUGCUCAUCUGUUCCUUCAGAGUUCCUUGCUGGAGGCAGAAUGAGAUCCAGGCUGGGUCAGGACCAGACAGAAGGAGAUACUUUAACCAGCUCCCAAGGGUCUCUGGCUGAGUCUUUUAUUUUGGAGCAUGGUGGAUCUGAGUCUUCUAGUAGAAUUGGCUCCUUUGAUGAACUGAGUCAUGGUCAAGUAGGAAGAACAUACCGAUCGGGAAUGAGUGAUGGACAUGAUGAACACAGUGAACCCCUGAUCACACCAUCCCCUACCUCAUUUCAGGAAAUGAAACCUAGAAGCUCCGUUCCUCAGGCACCGCCACGUAAUCGUACCCGGUCCAAUCCCAACUUAUCCACAGCCAGCAGAGGUCAGCCAGGGAGGCUCUUAAUGCCGAGUCCGAGUCCAAGCCUCUGCUCUUUGGAAGCUCCUGAGAGGCCUCCAAGGGCCCGGGACAAGAAAGAAGGCUCCGUGCUCCAAAGGCAUGCAUCUGCUCCAGCUCUGGAAGCACGGCCACCAACUGGAAAGUCUCCCAAACUGGGUCUGCUGAACAUCUUCCGCAGGCAGUCCUGGACCGGCCACUCAUACACCCAGCUGGAAAACACAGAGCUGGGACCCACACUGGGAGAAAUCAUGAAGCCAGAUACGCCUACUAUGACUCUGAGGAAGAAGAUGAGAGCUUCAGCCUCCAGCUUGACCAAACUCUUUUCUAGGUCCUCCAGUAAGGAGGAUGUCAGUAAAGGAGGAUCAAUAGUAAAAGGAUCUGCUGCCAUCUCACCUGAGAGAAAACAAACCAGUGGUCUUGAAAGCCCCAAAAAGAGAAGCUCAAAGCUCUUGUCAUCUUUUAAAAUACCAUCAUUCAAAAAGACUAAAGUUCGUCCCAGCAAAGCUGAAGUCUUCCAGUUAGAUGGAGGUGGAGCCCUGCUGGUGUGGAGGCCUGUCCAGUCUGCUGACCCAGUCAAUUACUGUGUGGAAUACUGUACUGAUGGUGGAGAAUGGACAGUCCAGUCAGAUGAGGUGGCAGAGAGCUGCUAUGUGGUGAAGGACUUACCCAAAGGGGCAUCGUAUGUGUUCAGGGUGGGCUGCAUCACAAGCAAAGGAGCAGGACCUUUCAGUGAAGCUUCAGCUCCCUUUGUCAUGUCCACUCAUCCAGAAGCUAUCCGCCUUCCUCUCAUUCAAACUGAAUCACUUGGGUCAAAAGUCACUGGAUCAGAACAUCAAACUGUAAACAGGAACUACAGCUUCCUUUCUGAGAUCCACAGGGGUCGUUUCAGUGUAGUAACCUUGUGCAGAGAUGUGGAGACCAGCCAGGUGUUCGCUGCCAAGUUCACUCCCUACCAGGCUGAGCAGAGACAACUGGUGCUGCGGGAGUACCAGCUGCUAAGGAGGCUUCACCACCCCCACCUGGUUCAGCUGCACGCUGCUUUCAUCACCCCUAGCUAUGUGCUGUUAGUGGAGGAGCUGUGUCCCGGCAAGGAGCUGCUGCACAGUCUGGCUGCAAGAGACCUGUAUGCAGAGACUCAUGUUGCACAGCUGCUGUAUCAGAUUAUGAGCGCGGUGGACUACCUGCACAGCCAUCGAGUCAUCCACCUGGACCUGAAGUCUGACAACAUGCUGGUGGAUGAUGGCAACCACCUAAAGAUCGUUGACUUUGGCUCUGCUCAGUCCUUCAUACCUGGACAGCCUCUUAACAUCGAGCACAUUCACGGCUUCUCAGACAGCCAAGACUGCUGCACAAAAGUCUAUAUUGUCCUUCCUAAAGCUCCAGAAAUCCUCGAGGGUCAGGGUGUGGGGCCGGAGACCGACAUCUGGGCUGUUGGAGUUCUGGCAUUUAUCAUGUAA